CAUCCGCAGUUUCCAGACGGUGCGCAGGUGGAGGCGAAGAGGAGAGGAAGCAGCCGCUCAGGACGGACGGAUGAGACGUUCAGGGAUGUUCAGUACGCGCAAGAUUUAUUCCAGCUGAGGAACAAACAGUGUUUUUUCUCCACCCCUCGGUGUUGCAUUGAUUUGGAAGCGGUGGCUUCAUUUGGCGCAGCUGUAACCCAUUUUUCCUCCAUGACAAAAGUUUGACUGUUAAAAAAUGAUGCUCUGCUCCGCUCCUGCUUUUUCAUGCACUGCUGUGGAUUCCGGCGUCAGCCUGAGCGGCCAGUCAGCACUUGAGAAAUAGCUGCGAGUCUUUCGGUCUUAAUUUCGGUGCCAGUUUGAACAAACAGAGGGCUUUUAUUCCCGCACAUCAGCUCCCCGGGAUUGCAUCCGUGUGAAUUAAUGUCGCACUCCAUAAUGGACUUCCUCGGACUGUACUUCUUGCAGCUGGCUCUUAUUGGAGUCCCACGUAUGGCUCUCUCUGCAGGCGGGAGGGACUGCCUGCGUGCCGGAGACACCUGCUCCAGCGACGACACCUGCAGCCCGCGCCUGCGCACCCUCAGGCAGUGUGUGGCGGGGGACGGCAGCGUGAAGCUGGGGCCCGGGGCGCGAAACCAGUGUGAGAACGCCAUGACGGCGCUGCUGUCCACUCCUCUGCACGGCUGCCAAUGUAAACGAGGCAUGAAGAAGGAGAAGAACUGCCUGAGCAUCUACUGGAGCCUGCAUCAGUCCGUGCUGCACGGACUCAGCCUGGUGGAGAGCUACCCGUACGAACCAGAGGAGAGGGGCUCCGACUACGUGCGCCUGGCCUCCAUCGCUGCAGAGUCUGAAGUGACGACGGUGAACCGCUGCCUGGAUGCCGCCAAGGCGUGUAACAUCGACGAGACGUGUCAGAAGCUCCGCACGGAGUACGUGUCGUCCUGCAUCCAGCCGUCGGCCCGCUCGGGGCCGUGCAACCGACCCAAGUGCAACAAGGCGCUGAGGAAGUUCUUCGACCGCGUUCCACCCGACUACACCCACGAGCUGCUGUUCUGUCCCUGCACCGACACGGCCUGCGCAGAGCGCCGCCGGCAAACCAUCGUGCCAUCCUGCUCCUACGAGGACAAGGACAAGCCCAACUGUUUGGCCCAGCUGCGCAUCUGCAAGGCCGACUACGUGUGCAGGUCUCGCUGGGCACAGUUCCAGUAUGACUGCCAACCCUCGGAGCAGAGCGCCAGCGGCUGCAAGCAGGAGAACUACGGAGCAUGUCUACUUGCGUACACCGGCCUGAUAGGAAGCACAAUAACUCCAAACUACCUGGACAACUCCACGUCCAACGUGGGGCCGUGGUGCUCCUGCGCAGCCAGCGGCAACCACAGGGAACAAUGCAACGACUUCCUCACGUUCUUCCACGACAACGUCUGCCUGAAAAACGCCAUCCUGGCUUUCGGGAAUGGAUCGGACGUGAAAACGGGCGCCAGCCAGCCCGGGAUGCCCAGCCCAGCGACGGACAACCAGAGCCCGCACUUGGCAACCACCGCCCCAGGCGUCUCCAUGGAAACAGAGCAGAACAUUCUGAGAGCACAGAUACCUACUCAGGUAAAUGAGAACGACAGAUUGUGGGGCGAUGAGGGAGACUCUACCCUUCCCUCUCCGGGCCUGUCGGACCGUGGAGCUGAGCCCGUGCGCCUGUCCCUGCUGCUGGGCCUCGGCUGGCUCCUCCUGCUGCUGCUCUCUGACCAAUAAGAGGCCUCGCUCAGCUGGCCUCCACGGACAAAAAGGGGAGGGUUGGUAUGAAAGAAAGAGCCAUUUCUAUGUGUCAAACGACGGUGGGGGAAAGGGUCGACUCCGUCCUGCCCCGCCCCCCUCUCCCUCUCUGUCACAAAAAUCACACUUAAUCUCUUUUUGUGAAUCAUGACUCAGAGCAGAUGUGUUGUGCCACCCACGCCCGUGAGAAGAUCGUUGGAGAGGGUGCCGCCGCCGCACCAUGGGGGAGGGAGGGGACCAGGAAGUACACACCUCAUUUCUUGCUUCACGCCUGUCCAAAUACAAACUGUUACACAUGACACACACAUGCAAACUUUGUUCAUAAGAAAAUAUCAUUGGAGCUUCAGUGGGGUUCAGAAGGUGUACAGUGAAGAGACACUGACGAUGCAGUGCAGGAAAAAUAUAAAAAAUAUAAAAAUUAAAAAACAAAACAAAAAAAAAACACAAUUUUUUUUUUUGUUCCUGAACAUUCCUCGAUGUAAAAGAAAAAUAUUAAUGUUAAGACUUUUGUCUCAGAAGAACUGUGAUGAAGUGUUUCACGAGAUUUAAGGUGGAUGUGUGUUUGUCCACAUGCAGCACUCGGCUCAUUCUGCUCUGCUCUUUACUUUAAUGCCACAUUUCUUUUAUUUUAAAUCUUAAUUAAUUAACAUAAUUUUGUUACCCAGAAUGUUAGAUGGAAGCACAUGUGUAUAUAUAUAGUUAUAAUCGAGUCAAAUCACAAUGAAAUUCUUUGACUGUUUGUUGUUGUGUUUUCAGUUGCAGGAUGAAGAGUUCAUUUCCAAAUAAAAACAUGUAGAAAAUAUAAGUUGUGAAUUGAAAUUUAACACUGAAUUAAGAUUAAGAAGAUUUCCCAAAGUCUGCAGAAGUUUUUUAUUUCAUCAAACAAGGACCUACAUCAUUUAUUAGCCUUUAACAUACUGGACUUUGCUUUGAUUUUAAAGCUUUGAAUAAUUUUGUAUGAGUAGAUGUCAUUUUUGCAGACAGUGGAUACCUCACUUUGGAAGGGGACUCUUCAUGUGCUCAUUCAUUCAGCUU